AUGUCAUCUACUGAUCCACCUCGUCGCGACCCUCUACCUAGAAGUUCGUCAUUCACCAACAUCAUGACAUUGCCGUCGCUGGAUAGGUACUCUGAAGAUUGGGCUGGGGCAUUGACGUUGUUAGAUGUUAUCGAGACAUUCUUUGACUCCCGACUGGACCUAUUCAACAGACGUAUCAAAGCGCAAUCGUCCAAACUUAAAUCUCGAGCUGUCGAGUUACUCCCGAAAGGGUUGAGGACACCUGGUGGAGGAGGAAGUACGAUCUUGUACGUAGAUGAGGAAGUAGAUGACGACAGAGAAAAGGGAAAAGAUCGAGAAAGGGAUAGUGUAGGUGAGAAAUAUAGGAGGGAGGUGGAAAGGGAGGUAGAGAGGAUAAAAGUCAAGUUAGCGGCAAAAGUCACCCAUCUAUCUAGUUCUUGGAGAUCCGCUCAAGUAGUCAGAACGAAAGAUAAGAUAUCCUUCUUAUUCGGGGUUAUGAGCUUAGCAUUCACAUGUCUGUUGUACGGUAUGAGACCUGAUUACAUGCCUUUGGCCUAUACCGUACAGAGCGCUUUAUACCUCCCUUUGAGAUUUUAUACCUAUAAGAGAAAAGCAUGGCAUUAUUUCUUAUUUGGUGGUUUAUGUUACUUCGUCAACGUCCUUGAUCUCCUUUGGAUCUGGGUACUCCCAUCCUCGACAACCUUGUUCAUCUGUUGUUACCUCUUGACAUUAGGUCCAAUCGCCAGCGCUAUCAUAACAUGGCGAAACUCCCUGGUGUUCCAUUCAUUGGACAAGAUCAUAUCUAUAUUCAUCCAUAUCUACCCUCCUAUGGUCCUGAGCGUAAUUAGACACAAUUAUCCCAAUGCCGAAGAGAGAUAUCCGGGAUUGAGGGAUGUCGAUAAUUAUAAAUGGUAUACUAUGAUCUUACUAAGUGGAGUACCAUAUAUACUCUGGCAAGCAGCAUAUUACAAGUUCAUCUCAUUAGAUAGGAAAAGUAAGAUUGAAUCAGGCCAAAGGCAGAAUUCUUUCCAGUACUUGUUGAAUGACAAACGCGGUCCUAUUGGAAAAGCAUUGAGGGGUAUAAGACCUGAACAUAGAGAGUUAUGGUUCAUCUUCUGUCAAUUGAUCUACAGCAUCAUCUUCAUGAUCCCGCCUGCUACCUUAUUCAUCCACAGCUCAAAAGCAAGUUCGGCUUUCUUGAUUAUCAUCUUCGCUGUAUCAGCAUGGAACGGAGCGAGUUUCUAUGUCGAAGUAUUUGGGCGAAAGUUUGAGAGGGAAUUGGAGAAAUUACGAAAAGAGAUGGAACUUGCCUCAGCGACUGGAACCAGCACAUCUUCAAUCGCGUCAAAUUCUACUCCCCAUUCACCAUCGACUUUCACCGAGGGGGAGCCUGAACCCGAUUCUGGAGAGGGACAGAGACGGGAUUUUCACUCGAACUCUUCUAACGAAAGCGUGUAUGAAUCUGAUCAAGGUAGACCUGCCAAAGGUUUAGAUGACUCGCCUUUAAUCCUACCUUCUACAGCCACACAACAGGCGAGGGAUAUGGAAGCAUCGGAAUAUACACUUGAUAAGGCUGUGGAGGAGGUGAAUAGAGGUGAGAAAGAAGGCAAGAAAGAUAUAUAG